UUUCUAUCGUAACUCAAAUCCACAGGCUACAGAGUUGGUGCUUUGUUGUAUACAAGAAUCUGGCAGAGGAGAGGAAAUUAACAACUACAGCGGCAUCAGCAACAAUAGAAGUGAUCAAGUCGUGGUACCGGCCGAGUCACAAAUGAACAUGACAGUGUCCAAAAAAAGAAAAACACAAAUAGGCGAUCAGGAGAAGUGUUUGUUAUUGCCUGCCAACAAUAUGGAAGGCUGUGAAGCAUGGGCCGCAAAUCCAAUUAACAACAACAACAACAAUAUGGAAGGCAUUGAAGCAUGUGCUGCUAAUCCAAUUAACAACAACAACAAUAUGGAAGGCUUUGAAGCAAGGGCUGCUAAUCCAAUUAACAACAACAACAAUAUGGAAGGCUUUGAAGCAAGGGCUGCUAAUCAAAUUAACGACGACAACAACAGCAACAACAAUAUGGAAGGCUUUGUAGCAUGGGCUGAUAAUCUAUGGACUGAAAUUAUAACUAACGACAACAGCAACAACAACAUUAAUGUGGAAGACUAUGAAGCAUGGGCUGCUGAUCUAAUGAAAGUGGAUGACAACAACAAUAACAACAUUAAUAAUGCUGAUGAACUAGCAGUAGUACCAGAGACAAGAAACACAACAAAUAAUAUUGGAUGCAAUGAUCAUGCAGAAAAGGAAGCAGCAACAGCAGCAUGAACAGGUUGCUAUGAUCAUGUAGAAGAAGCAGCAGCAUCAACAGUGGAUCAUAGAACGAUGGCCGGUUCUGAUUCUUAUUGCCAAGCUACUCCUCCGUCCUUGCCCAUGUCCAAGCCCACGACCAACGCAACUCAAGCAAAUACAGAACCAGCUGAAGCUUCUGCAGUGAAUGAAUCUUAUAUUGAUGAUAUUUCUCUUUCUUCAAUAGACAACAUGAUUGAGUUUUUCUCGUCUUAUUCCGGUGAGGAAUUGCAGCAGUUGCCACCUUCAGAUGAGCAGAAUAUGAUUCCUGAAUGGUCUAAAAAAAUCAACAUUUCAUAAUGUACAGCAGAUUGAUCAGUACAUAGAACAAGUUUAGAAAAUUGUUA